AUGGUCAAAUUGCGAGAGAUUCAGCGUACAGCAGCCUUCGCCUGGUCGCCAGUCUCGACAUGGAUUGCGACUGGUACCAAAUCCGGCGCUGUCGAUGUUGACUUCAGCAAUGAGACCUGCAUAGAGUUGUGGGACCUGUCCCUCGAUCAACCCGGUAGCAGUCAGGAACUGCAGCCAAAGGCAUCUGUGACCACAGAAACAGGUUUCCACGAUCUCGCUUGGACCCCACCCACUGCAGCCCACCCCAAGGGCAUAAUAGCCGGCGCACUUGAUGAUGGCACACUGAUAUUGUGGGAUGCGGAAAAGCUAGAGACUGACUCUGCAAAUGCAUCAAUUUACAGGAAGAAGGUACACAGUGGCGCUAUCAAGACACUACAAUACAACCCUCAUCCAAAAUUCUCGAAUUUUCUGGCUACUGGAGGUGCUAAAGGUGAACUCUUCAUCCACGAUCUUAAUGACCUCGAAAGUGAGCCGAUAAGGUUGGGGAGUACGGCAGCAAGAGCUGAUGAUAUUGAUUGCUUGGACUGGAACAAGAAAGUGCCCAAUAUUCUUGUGACUGGCAGCAGUGGUGGGUUUGUCACAGUUUGGGAUCUCAAGACAAAGAAAGAGAGCUUGACGCUCAACAACUUUGGCAGAAAAGCCGUCAGCGCAAUUGCUUGGGAUCCAGAGAAGCCUACACGUCUGAUUACUGCUGUUCCGUCAGAGCAAGAGCCGGUCAUACUAGUCUGGGACCUUCGCAACUCGAAUGCGCCUGAGAAGGUGCUUAAAGGCCACGACGAUGGUGUUCUCUCACUAUCGUGGUGUCCUCAGGACAAUGAGUUACUGCUCUCAUGCGGCAAAGACAACAGAACCAUACUUUGGAACCCACAGACUGGGCAGGCAUAUGGUGAUUACCCAGUAGUCACAAACUGGACUUUCCAGACAAGAUGGUGUCCGAAGAACCCAUCCAUCUUCGCUACAGCCUCGUUCGACGGCAGACUAUCCAUUCAAACCCUGCAGAAUACCAACCCAUCUGCAGCACAGCAAGAGCAAAAUCACGCUGGAAACGACGAAGACUUCUUCUCGAAAGCGCAGACACAACCUCAAACUUCUUCGUUCUCACUGCUCAGAGCUCCAAAAUGGCUCGAACGGCCUGCUUCUGUAUCCUUCGGCUUCGGUGGUCGUGUCAUUUCAGUACGCAUUGCGGAGGCAGGCAAGCGAACUUCAAAAGUCUCAAUCACAAAGUUCGAGGUCGACUCCGAAGUCGGCGCAGCCACCAAUACGUUCGAGGAAGCACUACAGUCUGGAAAUCUAGAUGAUUUGUGUGAUUCAAGAGCUGCGGAGAGUAAAUCGGACGAAGAAAAAGCCGACUGGCAGGUCAUGAAAACACUACUUUCGAAGCAGCCCAGGAAAGAGCUUGUCAAAUACCUUGGUUUCGACGAGUCAGCUGAAGCUCAGGCUGCAGAUCGAUUAUCGAAACUAGGCCUCGAAGAUAAGUCCGCCAAUGGUGAAGACCAGAAGUCACAGGUCAAUGGGUCCAGCGGACCAUCAAAGGCACACAGGAGAUUCGAUUCGGUCUUCGCUACUGAUGCCGAUGGCGACUUCUUGUCUCAGCUGGCUGCGACGAAGGGUACCACUACGAACAAUCCAUUCCAAAUUUUCAACGGCUCGGAAAGUGAGGCCGAUAGGCGUAUCACCAAGCUCGUUAUGCUCGGUAAGUUCGACAAAGCCCUUGAUAUCUGCCUGGCUGAGGAGCGUAUGUCCGACGCAUUCAUGCUAGCAAUCUGUGGUGGUGAAGCAUGUAUCAAGAGAGCACAAGAGGCAUAUUUCGCCAAACAAGGCAGUGGUCCAAACUAUCUCAGACUGUUGGCUUCUGUGGUUGGUAAGAACUUAUGGGACACCGUGCACAAUGCCGACUUGGAGAAUUGGCAAGGAGUUAUGGCCACAUUAUGCACUUUUGCCGAUGAGAAAGAGUUUCCAGAUCUGUGUGAGGCACUAGGCGACCGUCUGGAAGGACAAGCCGCUCGCAAGGAUGCCGCUUUUUGCUAUCUGGCUGGAUCUAAGCUCGAGAAAGUCAUCUCCAUCUGGAUUUCCGAUCUGAAGCAGCAUGAAGAAGAAGGAGCAGCAAACGCUGCAGAGAGCUCAGCUUUCUCAGUCCAUGCCAAGGCGUUGCAAGACCUCAUCGAAAAGGUUACUAUCUUCAGGCGAGUGGUUGACUUCCAGGACACCGAGCUACAGAAGACAAGUGACUGGAAACUCGAGGCACUUUACAACAAGUAUCUAGAAUACGCGGACAUUGUUGCUGCUCACGGCCAGCUCGAUGCUGCGGCUAAAUACCUUUCUCUCUUGCCAGUACAAUAUCCAGAAGCGGAUAUCGCGAGAGGCAGAAUACAGCAAGCGACGAAGAAAGCAGUUGUGCCUACAGCAAGGCAGCCUGCCUCCGCCACAACCGCAACACCGAAGAAACCGUUGCCAGGUGUUAGUGCUUUACCUAUGAACAACUUCUCCCCAACAGGUGCACCUGUUCCUACACCAUUUCAACAGCAACCACCAACGCAAGCCACGCCAUCUUACAAUCCACCCGGACAAUCCUCAUACGCUCAACCGGGACAGUCCUCGUUCACACCUUCCAACCCUUACCAGCCGAUGGCACCACCUAGUAAUCCAUAUGCACCUCAAAGAGCUCAAACUGGGUAUCAGCCGACACAGCCGAUGCGCGCAAACCUGCCGCCUCCACCGCAGCAGUUCGGUAUGCAUGCUCCUCCGUCACAAUUUGGUGCUCCACCACGAAACAUUACCAGUUCGCCUUCAGUGCCACCACCAUCUCAAGCUAAAGACAUGAAGGCCUGGAAUGAUUUGCCGGAUGAUUUUGCCAAAGCUCCUACACCAAGAAGGAACACACCUUCUGUGCCUCCUCAAUUAGCACAACCUCAAAAUCAUUUUUUCAAUAGCGCCUCUCCUCCAGGUUCUUCUGGUACACCGUUUGGUCAGAGGCCAACCAAGGCUGUACCUCCACCACCAAAAGCAGGAGAGCUGCCCCAGAGAGUACAAUCUCCUCAGGUAUCCGGCGCGCAAAUACAGCGACCUAGCUCAACGGCGCAAAAUGCUUAUGCCCCUCUACAACAACAGCAAUCAGCCAGCUCCCUGCCUAUGCCAAUGCAGCCUCCUGUUGCACGAGGUGCAUCGCCAUUUACCGCACCUCCUUCUGGUGCACCACCGCCAAACAGAUAUGCCCCUGCACCAGGAUCACAACCAAUGUCCCAGGGCCCACCGGCUCAACGCAUAAUAUCACCUCCACCACAGGCCAGUCAAUUCCAAGGCCCAUCACCUGCCUCAAAUCCUUACGCUCCAGGUCAAGCACAAAACCGAAACGUUUCCAACCCGUACGCUCCCACACCCCCACCUCAGCAGCAGAACUUUGGCCAGCCCCCACCAGCUCAGUCGCGACCUCCUGUUGGACCUCCUCCAAGCGGUCCGCCUAGGCAGCAAGAAUUACCUCGACCAGGCACUUCUGGCUCGGCGUCCGGAAAUCCACCAGCUGUGCUGCAACAAGCUAAGAAGUAUCCCAAGGGCGACCGCUCCCACAUACCUGCUGACGCUCAGCCCAUCUUCCACAUCCUGUCUGCAGAGUUCUCGCGUAUAGAAGCCCGAGCACCAGCACAAUACGCACCACAAGUCAAAGAUACUGGCAAACGUUUGCAAAUCCUCUUUGAUCAUCUCAACAAUGAAGACCUACUCAAACCCGAUACGGUUGCACAAAUGGUUGAGUUGGCACGAUGUGUUGAAUCCAAGGACUGGGAUCGAGCGGCACAGCUGCAACUUGAUAUCCAGGUCAACAAGGUUGAUGAGAGUGGACAAUGGAUGGUGGGAGUUAAGAGGCUGAUCGGAAUGGGAAGAGCUACGAACGGCUAG